GGUUUUUUGACAUCCUUUAGCUCUCAAUCGGUCGUACGUUUUUUUCUGCUCAGACAAACCGGCCGCAAUCUGCUACAACUUCCACAUUUUGUCCUGUAGUGCAGCUCCAGUGCCUCAGUGUUUACCCCAGAGGAACCAGUGGCGUGUGUCUGUCAUCAGUUUCCUGCGUGUUUGGGGCUCUGAUAACGCUGAACAGGAAGACGCACGCAACGAGACGUCUGGACUGAGAGAGGAAACUGCUGCGGCUUCUUCGUCAGCCUCAGAAUGACUGAGUUCUGGGUUUGUUUCAGCUGCUGCAUUGCAGAGCAGCCACAACCGAAACGACGGCGACGAAUCGAUCGCUCCAUGAUCGGAGAACCAACAAAUUUUGUUCACACGACACAUGUAGGCUCCGGGGACAUGGGCAUAGGAUUGGCAUCAGUGGACCUUGUUCAGGCCCAGAUGAAAUCUAAAGGGGGCUACUCACACGGAGGCUCGGAAGGUUCUCAAUUGUAACAAGCCCUUCACAGUCUUGUGGAAACUACUGUUGUUGAUAUGAGGAAGCAUUUUCCAAAAGCAGUUUUGUCUAUGAUGGAUGCAGGACCAAAAGAUGAAACAACUGCUUUUCCAUAAUGUUGUAUAUAUUUUUAUUUUUAUUUUCCAUUCCUUUUUUUAAUGAAAGCACUGCUGUCCAUUUGCUGCCAUGCUGUUGCACUGUAAAGAGUAACUGUUAAUAGUGGAUAAGAGGGGUUAGAAAGCUCAUAAAUCUCAGUCAGAUGUAUGCUUGUGUGUAUGCAUGAGGAAAAUAUUUUCAAAAAUAUUUGCUGUCGUAGCUCAUUUGGAUGCCUGUAUUUAUUAUUUGAUUUGUAAACGGACCUCAUGGUGGCUGGGCCACACUGGAGAUUUGGAACAUUCAGUUUCUGUCUUUAUUCUCAGAGGUUUAUCAAAGAACAGGUGGCAAAGCAAAAGCGAUAUGUUCAUUGUUUUAAUCUGAAAAACACUCAUGAUUGUCCGAGUCGCUUUCAGGGUUAAAGAUCGCUGUUUUGUAAUAAACUUGAAAUGCGUAGAGUACACUGGACCACACGUUGUACACUCACACUUGCUUAGGAAUUUUGCAUUGAUUUCAACUGUUUUUUGGGUUUUUUUAAAUAUUCAUUUAGAUCAAACCUUAUAGAAUUUUAAUAAACAAUGAACUUUCUAAUCUGC